AUGGGUUUAGUCUUUAGGAAACUCUGCUGCUGCUGCUGCCCCGCGGACAACGACGAUGAUGAUGAAAAGCAGCCUUUAGUACCCCAGGAUCCGUUGGAGUAUUUUAACCGGGAAGUCCAGAAGCGUCGUGAUGAGGAGACCAACCUGUGGAGUGAGCCAGGCGACCCCAGCCACUCGGAGAGAGAUGACGACCGGGUCCUUUACGGCCUGCUGCAGGCCAGGACCAAGACCCGCAUGGGAUCUACGGGCUAUCGCAGACUAAGUGUUGACAUUGAGGCCAUGAGAGAUACACGUCGGGAAGUCAGAGAGAAAUGGAAGCAAAUCCUGGAGAACUUGGGUUUCAUGGCUGAGGCGGACUCACUGCUGACAGUGUCUGCUGGAGCCUCACAUGACCGCAUGCGUAAUGCCCCAGCAGCACGUGACCUGCUUCAUACACUCCACACUGAGACGUCCCUCUUUUCCAACAAAGAGCCACCACCAGAAAGAUAUCUACUAAUCCUGGAUCGCCUCGUGUAUCUAGAUAUAGCUGAAGAUUUUUUGGCGAAGGCAAAGCGCUUCUAUCCUCCAAGGGAUGAUUCUGACGAGGAGGUGCCGGGCCUUGCCAUAAACCUGCCGCUGCUGAUGGCGAGGGUUGAGGCCAUGAACGGAAGAGCCACUGAAGAAGAUGAGAGCGAGAGAGACGAUUGA